AUGCAAACCAUAAAGUGUGUCGUUGUGGGUGAUGGUGCCGUUGGUAAGACAUGUUUAUUAAUCUCGUACACAACCAGUAAAUUUCCUGCCGAUUACGUUCCAACAGUCUUUGACAACUAUGCAGUGACAGUCAUGAUCGGCGACGAGCCUUUCACCUUGGGAUUAUUCGAUACUGCAGGACAAGAAGAUUAUGAUCGGUUGAGACCUUUAUCAUACCCAUCAACAGAUGUGUUCUUGGUAUGUUUCUCGGUGAUCGCCCCUGCAUCCUUUGAAAACGUCAAGGAAAAGUGGUUCCCCGAAGUCCACCAUCACUGCCCCGGUGUUCCGUGCUUGAUUGUUGGUACUCAGACCGAUUUGAGAAAUGAUGAAGUUAUCUUGCAAAGAUUACAGAGACAAAAGUUAUCUCCUAUUACCAACGAGAUGGGUGAGCGCUUGGCAAAGGAGUUACGUGCGGUUAAAUAUGUCGAGUGUUCCGCUUUGACCCAAAGAGGAUUGAAGACCGUCUUCGAUGAAGCCAUUGUGGCUGCUUUAGAACCUCCUGUGGUUAGAAAGAACAAAAAAUGUACCAUUUUGUGA